AUGGCUCCUGAAGGCAGAUUGUUCAUCAACAAUGAGUAUGUCCCGUCGUCGUCUGGGCAGACUUUGACAGUGAUCAACCCUGCCGAUGACACCAUUGUCACCGACCAGGUUCAUACGGCCAGUUCGACCGAUGUUGACCAUGCCGUAUCAUGUGCCAACGAGGCCUUCAAGUCAUGGAAGAAAACGCCCUCUAAGCAGCGUGCAGCCACGCUGCUGAAGUUUGCCGACAUUCUGGAAAGGCACGUGGACGAGAUAGCCAAGCUGGAGUCGAUCGCGAUGGGGGCCCCAAUUAGCCUCGCUCGCAGAGUUGUCACUGCGCAGCCUCCGAUUUGGCGUUACUAUGCCGGCCUGAUAGGCAAGCUAGGUGGAGAGAUGUAUCCCGAGGAGGAGGAGGGUUACUAUCGACUGGUGAACUAUGAACCGCUGGGAGUGUGUGCGGGUAUUGCUGCCUGGAAUGGGACGCAGCUGUUUGCCAGCUGGAAGAUCGCCCCUGCUGUGGCUGCGGGCAAUACAGUCGUGUUCAAAUCGUCCGAAAAGUCUCCCCUGGGUGUGCUUUAUCUGGGUGCCCUGUUCAAGCAAGCCGGCUUCCCACCAGGCGUCAUAAACCUCCUAUCUGGCGCCGGAGAAGUUGGAGCCCAGCUUGCUUCCCAUAUGGAUAUUGCAAAAAUAUCCUUCACCGGAUCUACUGCGGUUGGUCGUCAGAUCCAAAUCGCUGCUGCCAAGAGUAAUCUCAAGAUUGUCAGCCUGGAACUGGGAGGCAAGUCCGCGUCUUUGAUUUUCGCGGAUGCCAACCUCCAAAAUGCCGUACUGCAUAGCUCGCACGGGUUUUUGUUCAACAAUGCCCAGGUUUGCACAGCAUGCUCUCGCAUUUUGGUCCAGGAAGACAUCGCGCCACAAUUCGCGGAAGCCCUCAAGACGGCUUUCACCGAGGUGACGUCGACGAUUGGCGAUCCUGCUCUGGCUUCGACCGGUCUAGGGCCCCUCGCCGACCGAUCCCAGCUCGAAAGAGUUGUUGGAUUUGUUGAGAGGGCCAAACAGCAAGGGAUUGAGGUCUUGGUUGGAGGUCGCCGACGUGAAGGCCAGCCCGGCCAGUUUAUGGAGCCCACGAUUCUCGUCAACCCAGACACGAACAGUGAAGUCUAUACCCAAGAAAUCUUUGGCCCCGUAGCUGUGAUCAGAACGUUCAAAACCGAAGAGGAAGGAAUUACUUUGGCCAACGACACCAACUAUGGUCUUGCUGGGGCAAUUUCUACUUCCGAUGUGACUCGUGCCUUGCGAGUGGCGAGCCAGAUUGAGGCGGGUACUGUGGGGGUCAAUAGUGGUCCGAUGUUGUCAACUGAAACGCCAUUUGGCGGUUGGAAGCAAAGCGGUUAUGGUCGCGAGAGUGGAAUCCAUGGGCUCCGUGGGUAUCUCCAAACCAGAAGUGUUAUGAUCAACAUGAAGGCAUGA